AAAAAAAAAAACUCACAGAGCCCGCCAGCACAGCCUGACACACUUUUCUGUGCGCCGUCAGCGGCUCUGUGGACUUGUCACUUUGUUUGCUUGAUUUGUCGUUUAAACAGAUUUUUAAUAUUACAAACCAGGCCGAGUAAUAUCGGAUGUGAUGUCCAGCUCGCCGCUGUCCAAGAAGCGUCGCUUGUCAGGAACAGAGACGAAGACGGGAUCCCACUGCUCCUCCUCUAACUCUGUCAGAACUGAUCUAUCCCACACACCUGCAAACGGCAUGGCUAAGAAUGGCAAUGAUGCUGAGAUUGAUGAGGGCCUGUACUCCAGACAACUUUAUGUAUUGGGCCAUGACGCAAUGAAGCGCAUGCAGAACGCCAAUGUCCUUAUUUCUGGCAUGAGAGGUCUAGGAGUUGAGAUUGCCAAGAAUGUCAUCCUGGGCGGAGUUAGAAGCGUCACUGUGCAUGACCAAGGAGUUGCAGAAUGGAGAGACCUCUCUUCUCAGUUUUACCUUCGAGAGGAGGACCUGGACAAGAAUAGAGCUGAAGUGAGUCAGCCUCGUUUGGCUGAGCUCAACAACUAUGUUCCUGUGACUGCGUAUACUGGAGCUCUUACUGAAGACUACCUUACCAAGUUUCAGGUGGUUGUACUGACAAACUCACCUAUAGAAGAGCAGAAACAUUUGGGCGAGUUUUGCCACAACAAAGGAAUCAAGCUGAUUGUUGCUGACACACGUGGUUUGUUUGGUCAACUUUUCUGUGACUUUGGAGAAGACAUGAUUGUAUAUGACACCAAUGGAGAGCAGCCAUUGAGUGCUAUGAUUUCAAUGAUCACAAAGGACAACCCAGGUGUUGUUACAUGUCUUGAUGAGGCUCGUCAUGGGUUUGAGAACGGAGACCAUGUCACUUUCACUGAAGUUCAGGGUAUGACAGAGCUCAAUGGCUGUCAGCCAGUGGAAAUUAAAGUUCUAGGUCCGUACACCUUCAGUAUCUGUGAUACAACUGGCUUUUCAGACUAUGUAAGAGGAGGUAUAGUCUCCCAAGUUAAGAUGCCAAAGAAGAUCAGUUUUAAAUCUAUCUGCUCUUCAAUGGCUGAGCCAGAGUUCAUAAUGACAGAUUUUGCCAAGUUCGAUCGUCCAGGGCAGUUGCACAUAGGCUUCCAGGCUAUCCACGCCUUCCAGAAGAAACAUAACCGCCUUCCUGUACCUUGGAACCAGGCUGAUGGUGAUGAGCUUUUGACUUUGGCCAAGGAGGUGAACUCUGCUCAGACAGGAUCUGCCAAAGUGGAGCAGCUGGACGAAGCUGUUAUCAAAAAGAUGUCGUAUGUUGCUGCUGGUGAUCUGUCCCCUGUAAAUGCCUUCAUUGGGGGUGUGGCUGCACAAGAAGUGAUGAAGGCCUCCACUGGAAAAUUUAUGCCUGUAAUGCAGUGGCUGUACUUUGAUGCUCUGGAGUGCCUGCCUGAAGAUGGAGACCUGCUCACAGAGACAGAGUGCAAACCUAGGAGCUGUCGGUAUGAUGGUCAGAUUGCAGUGUUUGGCACAAAGCUACAGGAUGUUCUUGCUAACCAGCGUUACUUCCUGGUGGGAGCUGGUGCCAUUGGCUGUGAGCUGUUGAAAAACUUUGCCAUGAUGGGAUUGGCUGGUGGGAAUGGUGAAGUGAUUGUGACUGACAUGGACACCAUAGAAAAAUCCAAUCUCAACAGACAGUUCCUCUUCAGACCCUCUGAUGUCACGAAAAUGAAGAGUGACACGGCUGCUGCUGCAGUGAAGCAGAUGAACCCUUCAAUCACGAUCACAGGUCAUCAGAACAGAGUAGGCCCAGACACAGAGAGGGUCUAUGAUGAUGACUUCUUUGAGAGUCUGGAUGGAGUCGCCAAUGCACUGGACAAUGUUGAUGCACGUAUGUACAUGGAUCGGAGGUGUGUAUACUACCGCAAGCCCUUGCUGGAGUCAGGCACUUUGGGGACCAAAGGCAAUGUCCAGGUUGUGAUCCCCUUCCUCACAGAGUCUUACAGCUCCAGCCAAGACCCCCCUGAGAAGUCUAUCCCCAUCUGUACUUUGAAGAACUUCCCAAAUGCGAUUGAACACACACUGCAGUGGGCUCGAGAUGAGUUUGAGGGACUCUUCAAACAGUCUCCAGAAAACGCCAUGCAGUACCUCACAGAUCCUAAAUUCAUGGAGCGUACUCUGAAGCUUCCUGGAGCCCAGCCUGUAGAGGUGCUGGAGGCUGUGUACAAGACGAUGGUGACAGACUGUCCACACAGCUGGGCUGACUGUGUAGCCUGGGCUCGCAACCACUGGCAGUGCCAAUACAGCAACAACAUCCGUCAACUAUUGCACAACUUCCCCCCAAAUCAGCUUACCAGCUCAGGCGCCCCCUUCUGGUCUGGCCCAAAGAGGUGUCCUCAUCCUUUAGAGUUCAGCACUAGCAACGACCUUCACAUGGAUUAUGUAGUGGCAGGUGCCAACCUGUUUGCUCAGACAUAUGGUCUGCCAGGCAGCACUGAUCGUGCUGGUGUGAUCAAGAUUUUGCAGGAGGUCAAGGUGCCAACUUUUAUUCCUCGCUCAGGGGUAAAAAUCCAUGUCUCUGAUCAAGAGCUACAAAAUAGCAAUUCUUCUGUUGAUGACUCCAAACUGGAAGAACUGAAGUCCCAGUUACCAUCAGUAGAAUCUUUCCAGUACAAACUCAGCCCCAUUGAUUUUGAAAAGGAUGAUGAUACAAACUUCCACAUGGACUUCAUCGUGGCAGCCUCCAAUCUGAGAGCAGAAAACUACGACAUUCCACCUGCUGACCGACACAAGAGCAAAUUGAUUGCAGGCAAGAUCAUUCCUGCUAUUGCCACUACUACAGCUGCAGUGGUUGGCCUGGUGUGCUUGGAGCUCAUCAAGAUUGUCCAAGGACACAAGAAGCUGGAAUCGUACAAAAAUGGCUUCAUGAACUUGGCCCUGCCUUUCUUCGCUUUCUCUGAGCCCAUAGCUGCUCCUAAACACAAGUACUAUGAAAUUGAUUGGACACUUUGGGAUCGCUUUGAGGUCACAGGGCUGCAGUCCAAUGGAGACGAAAUGACACUCCGACAGUUCCUGGACUACUUCAAAAAUGAGCACAAGUUGGAGAUCACCAUGCUUUCUCAGGGAGUGUCCAUGCUUUAUUCAUUUUUCAUGCCUGGUACCAAACUCAAGGAGAGACUGGACCUACCGAUGACAGAGAUUGUGACAAAGGUGUCCAAAAAGAAACUGGGCAAACAUGUGAAAGCCCUGGUGUUUGAGCUUUGCUGUAACGACUUGUCAGACGAAGAUGUUGAAGUGCCCUAUGUCAGAUACACCAUCCGCUGAGCUCCACACUGAGCCCACCCACGGCAGGGUGGGAGGCAAGGGAAAGGGGUGUUUUUUAAGUGGGUUUUAACUGGGCUCUACUGGAUCAAUCAGUUUCUUCUUUUGUUUUUGUUAGUUUUUAUUUUAUUUUAUUUUAUUCUUUAGGCCUGUGGUUUUGUGUAAACCUGUGCCUGAUGUACAUAGCCCCAGUAAGCUGACUAAAGGAUACCUGUAUGUGUCCAAGGGUUGAUGCUUGGUUGUGGGAACAAGGGUGUUGCCGGAGGAAAGGAGCAUGUAUUCUGGAAAUUCUGAUGUUUCUCACUUGUAGAGUAUCUGUACUUAAAUCAAGCCUGAGUGUUUUCUUUUGGUAUUCCAAAACCCAAAAGAAGUCCCUGUGUAAAGUUAAAAUCCUCUUUAUCAGUAAACAGUGGGUUUGUUUAAUCCAGCUCAGCACCUGACAUCCACUCAAUGUGCUCCCUUCACUCCUUCAACCCUUGUUGACCUAGUUCCACACGACUUUUGAGUUUUUUUUUUUUUUCUUCUUUCAAAGAUGUACCACAUUCAUUAAACCAGUUUAGCUCAGAAGACUCUGUUAAAGCUCAUUUCAACACCCUUCCCCUGACUGCAAAUCCAAAUAUAUCACUGUCAGAUACCCAUCCCAUUUUAAGGCACCCCUACACUCUCAUUGCAGCGUUCCGUGGCCAUCGAGGGGGGUUCUUGCACAUGACGUUUUUGUUCUUUAUUCUCUUUUUAUUUUGUCUUUUUGUUAUAUGCUAUUUUAUUUUAUUUUUGGUGGGGAGGCUCAAACCAGUUUGGCACACAUGCUAGAUCAUAAAUCGUCUUUGUACUUUAACUUCAAAUGACAUAACAACGUAAGAGCAAGGCAACAAGGAUGUAUCUUGAAAUGGGAGCACUUAGUGUGAUAGCUAAUAAACAUGUAAAAGAU